GGGUUGUGUUUACUCCCAGUCCUCCCCACUUUGCAUGAGGCUGCCAGCUGGGCCGGUCCACGAACGCACCUCCCUCUUCUUGGCUUUUCUACUUUUGUCGCACACCGAGAGGGAGCCGAGAGUCUAAGCAGACCGGGUUCAGUCCUCGGGUCCUGACCUCAACUGUCUGAUAGCAGUAGUCUCAGUGAGGAUUUAUUACGAGUGUGAGGACCGACUCCGACUCUGACUCGCGAGUGGAAGUGGACUAGAGAGUGGGACAAACACCAGCACCGUUUCCCACGGACUAAUCUCCCCAAGAGGGCGGGGGUUGGGUGUUUUUACUUGAAGGGGUACCACUCAUUCUCGCACACGCACGCACGCGCACGCACACACACACACGUACACACACACACACACACACACACACACACACACACACACACACACACACACACACACACCACUCCCCAGCAGCAUACUGCACAGGUCGUGGAGUCAUUCCCACUUUAAACAAGACGUUGAGCCAUGCCGAGCAAGAGCCAGCAUCUGCGCCCGCGGCUGUGCACGCUGGAGAAGGGGGACAACGGCUACGGCUUCCACCUCCACGGGGAGAAGGGUAAGACGGGGCAGUUUAUCCGGUUGGUCGAGCCCGACAGCCCGGCUGAAACGUCCGGGCUCCACGCCGGGGACCGCCUGGUGUUUGUGAACGGGGAGGACGUGGAGAACGAGAGCCACCAGCAGGUCGUGUCCCGGAUACGAGCCACCGUGGGCCGGCUGGUGCUCGUGGUGGUGGACCCAGACACCGAGCAGCUGCUGAAGAAACACAACAUGAAGUGUCUGAAGGAGUACGUCAGCGACGGUAUCCCGUUACCUUUCGACGAGGAGGAGGAGGAGGAGGUGAUGGUGGAGGAGGUGGUGGUGGUGGAGCAGCGGGAGGUCGGGGACGCGGACGGGACGAUAAACGGGGAUGAGCGGCACGACAAAGGGGGUGAGGAGGAGGAGGAGGAGGAGGAGGAGGAGGAGGGGACACCCAGAGAGUCCACACCGGUCCCGGAGAGGAACGGCGGGGAAAUCCACGUGCACGUCGAGAAAAAGCUGAGCAUCAACUCUGAGAAGGAGGUGUUGUGCACUGAGCUGCGGCCACGUCUCUGUGUGAUCCAGCGAGGGCCGAGCGGAUAUGGCUUCAACCUGCACAGCGAGCGGGCGCGGCCGGGCCAGUACAUCAGAGCGGUGGAUGAAGACUCUCCAGCAGAGAGGGCGGGCCUGCUGUCCAAGGACAGGAUAGUACAGGUGAACAGUCUGUCGGUAGAAGGGAAGACACAUUCAGAAGUCGUGGCCGCCAUUAAAGCCGGCGGGAGAGAGGCCCGUCUGCUGGUGGUGGACCCCGACUCAGACGCCUUCUUCAAGAGGUGCCGAGUGGCCCCCGCCUUGGACCACCUGUCUGGUCCGCUGCCUGAGCCGGUCAUUAAUGGAGGAAUGGAUGAGAAGGUGAAUGGCCGAGGGGCCAAAGAGAGGGACUCAACGCUGUCAGUCAGUCCUUCUCCUUCCAACGCCUCCUCCAACACCUCGCUCACAACUCUGCCCACGAACACCCCACCUGAGAACACCAUCCCAGCUCUCAACAUGUCCCUGCAGCAGGUCAAAGAGCUCGCCCACCAGAAACGCUCCAACAAGAGAGCCCCGCCCAUGGACUGGACCAAGAAGAAUGAACUCUUCAGUAACCUAUAGGGCAUCUCCGCCCAACUCACACAGAUUUUAUAGUGACAAAGAGACAUCAGAAAGACAUUUGUUUUGUAUCAUCAUGACAUUAAAAGAGCAAAUUAACUAUUGGCAUCAGACAAAUCCAGGCGUUCUGUAAAAUAUAAUAUUAUUCUUAUUAUUACUCUUCAUGCUAUUAUAUAAUCCAGAUAUUCAAUAUAUAUAAUAUGUUUAAUGUGAUACUAACAAUGAGAGAUGCAAAUGCCGAUGAAAGAUAACUGGACCAUGGUGUGUGUGUGUGUGCGUGCGUGCGUGCGUGCGUGCGUGCGUGCGUGCGUGCGUGCGUGCGUGCGUGCGUGUGUGCAGAUGCAUGUGUGUGGACCCUGACAGUCCCUGCUGGCCAGAGUCUGGUGCCUGUGGAAAACGAUGAGGAGUUGAUUGUCAUGUUUCGUGUCAUGACCCUCCUCCUCAUCGUCGUCGUCCUCCUCCUCCUCGUCCCCCUCCUCCUCCUCCUCCUCCUCCUCCUCAUCGUCGUCCUCCUCCUCCGCCUCCAUCUGCUUAUUCAUCUUUUAAAAGUUUCUACUAACUUUUCAAAUAUCAUCUUGUCUUCAACAGCAGGGGUGAACCCAGAUAGUUUACCUCCUCGUUAGUUUGUAGGGUUCAAACAUCUGACUUAACAGUAAUGGUGUUAUUUCAGUUUACAUGUCAAAGCUCUUUUUUUGUGAUAUAAAAAAAAAACAAGGUAAACAAAUUUUCUUCCCUCAUAGAACAUGAACGGGCUUUAAACUGGAAAUAACUAUUUUGAAGAGGAUUCUCUUAUAUUGUAUAUACAGUAUACAGUAUAUAUCAUGUGUAUUGCAUAUUUUUUACAUGAAUUCCACUCUGAAAUGAAAUAUCCACCUUGUAUCUCCUCUUUGUCUGAAUACGUGAUAUCCUCUUUCACGAAAUGUGAACUGCCGUUUAUUAUGAGUAACUUAUACCGUCCUCUCUUUGACUUCAUGUCUGCUGUUCACAUUCUGAGUGUCUGGAAUAUUUGUAUUGCUCUCGUGAGAAAUUAGAUUUUUACACAUUUCUAUCAAUGUCUUAAAAACCAUAAUUAUGUAACUUUGAGAUGAUGUAUUUCUAGAAGAACGUCCGUGCUUCACUAGAUUUUAUGCUUUUGUUCAUGUCGUUGGCGAUGAUUUUUCAAAAUGAAGGAUUUAAUUAUACAAAGAGGUGUUUUUUGUAGCUUGUGUAAGAAGUAAGUGAUUUCUAUACUGAAAUAAAUCCGUCAUCACAA